AUGUCGGGAACCAAAGUGUGUCCGCUUGAUGGGCUGCUGGCAAAGAGUGGGGUCCGUAGCUGGUCUACGGAUCAAACAAGAGCCUCACACAGCACAGUUGAGAUUCUCAUGUCACAAAUGACUGCGGUGAUGAGAUUCCGUCCACCAACACCACCACCGCACGCCAAGUACGUGGAACCGUGA